GUCAAGUUUUGGUUCUUGGUUAUUGUGGAAGGUCAAAAGGCGGCAACGGUAGAUAUAAGUUGAGAAGACUUCGUGUUUUGGGUUCUAGAAGCAGAUUAUAUCAUCUGCCUGGCCGAGGGCAACAUCAAUAUAUCCAAAUCAUUGUGUUUUGCUUUGUUGAAAAGUUUAUUGCGUUGAAUGGUCGUAUGUUUUUGUGUAAAUGGUUUUCAGUUGCUGUGUUUUUGGUUUUAGAUUCUAGUUCUUGUGCCUUGUUUGUGUUGUAUCCGUAAGUUGCCCCAAUAUUGGAUUUACUUGCCUUCUCGUGGGCUCUUGUUUAUGAGGAUUCUUUGUUAUCCACCAGUUUAUUUGUAUUUAAUGAAUAAUUAUCAUAUGGAAACAAAAAACAUACCUGCUGGUUGAUGUGCUAAUAACUAAAACGACGGUCCACGUGGUUAAUAACAUAAUAACAUAAACCAAUAUUAAGCCCAUUAAGGAUCUUACAACUCCAAGCAUCGAGGCCCAUUAAUAAACCUCUGAAACAUCUCAAAAAAUUAUUCAAAACCUCUUUUCAUCUGAUCUCUCUCCCUCUCUCAGGUGAAAACAGUUCACUGGAAUCUCUCCACACCCUAAGAUUCUCAAUCUCGUUUCUUUUCUCUCAAGUAAACUGUUAUCCUUCAAAUUAUCAAUUAGAUUACUUCUAUGUUCAUGUUGGCGUUAAACCCCGAUUCUCAUUUUAAUUUUUCUUUGUAUAUGCUUGAUCUCUAAAGCUACCGACUUUGAAGAAGAAGAUCCAAUUAGGGUUCGGAAUUGUUUAGGCGGUUGGUUUCUUUACCGUCAAACAAUCGAAACUCUGAAGUCAAUUCAAGAUUUGACUAGCUUAUCUUAGGGCUGAAGCUAUCAUGGCGCAGAGUAAUUGGGAAGCUGAUAAGAUGCUUGACACUUACAUAUAUGAUCAUCUGGUAAAGAAGAAACUGCAUAACAUUGCUAAGUCUUUUAUGACUGAAGGCAAAGUCUCUCCUGAUCCUGUUGCAAUUGAUGCUCCUGGUGGGUUUCUGUUUGAGUGGUGGUCUGUGUUCUGGGAGAUGUUCUAUGCUAGGACGAAGGAGAAGCAUGAUGAGUCUGUUGUUGAGUAUGGGCUUAACGUUUACAUCUUUGAUUAUCUGGUGAAGAAGAAACUGCAUUACACUGCUAAGUUGUUCAUGACUGAAGUGAAAGUCUCUCCGGAUAAUGUUGCAAUUGAUGAUCCUCGUGGGUUUCUUUCUGAGUGGUGGUCUUUGUUCUGGGACGUCUACAUUGCUAAAACGAAUGAGAAGCAUUAUGAGUCUACUGCAGAGGCGCAACAAGGUAAACCGAAGGAGCAAAUGAAGCAACCCAAUCCAAUUAACACUGAGACAUCCCAAACCCAUAUGGAUGCAGGGACAAUCCAUCAUGGUCAGAUGGUCCAAGGGAAUAAUCAAGGAGGUGUUUCGGCAGCACUUCAGUCACGCACUCAGCAGACCCCUCUUAUCAACAUGCCGCCUGUACAGCACUCUUCGUCUCAGCAACAAGAUCCCUUACUAUCACAGCAAUCACAACAGAACAACAGUACAGGGUCAGGAAACAUGGUCGGCUCAUCCAACUCACAGCUGUCAACUCCUUCAACGCAUACCCCUGUCGAAGGAGAUGCUAUGACUGGUAACAUGCCAAAAGGGCCAAUGAUGUAUGGUUCUGAUGCAAUAGGUGGUCUUGCAUCAUCAGCAAACCAACUGUGGCAACAAGGUAAAGCGGAGGAGGAGCAAAUUCAAAUGAAGCAACUCAAUCCAGUGAACACUGAGACAUCAGGAACAAACAAUCAUGGUGAGAUGGUCCAAAGGAAUGAUCAAGGAGGAGAUGUAUCGGCAGCAAUACUGAAGCAACUUAAGUCACAAACUCAGCAGACCCCUGUAAUUACCUUACUUGAUAGAAUCUUCUUCUCUGUUUUAGUAACCUUUCUGCAUUGUACUAAACACAUGGGGCUAAAGUUGGAAGCUGGAGAAGGAGAAUCACGUAAGCGAUGCAAAUGCAAAAAGUCCAAGUGUUUGCAACUUUUAUGUGAAUGCUUUUCUACUGGAGUCUAUUGUACUACAGAGCCGCCAUGCUCAUGUACAGAUUGCUUCAACAAACCUAUUCAUGAAGAUACCGUCUUGGCUCCUGCUCGCAAAAAGUAUGAGUCUCGGAACCCAUUUGGAUUUGCUCCUAGAGUCAUCAGGAGCUCCCAUUCAGUUAUGAAAACCAGAGAAGAGGAGGAUGCAAGAAAAAGUCCAGCUUCUGCUCGCCGUAAAAGUGGCUGCAACUGCAAGAAAUCAAACUGUCAGAAAUACUGUCAAUGCUUUAAGGUGGUGUGGGCUGUACCGUAAACUGUAAAUGUGAAGGGUGUGAGAACAGAUUCGGCGUCAAAGCUUCAGUUUCCAAACCAACAAAUAAAGAUUAAACAGUUAGGCAAAAGGUUAUGUGUACAUGCAUCUUUACGCUUAGAAAACAAAGUUCAAUGUAGUCAUAUAAAUUCAAACGGUACAUUGCUAGAUGACUAGGUUUAUACUUUGUGAAAUUUUGGAUUGUUUUGCAUUGAGAAAAAAUGCAAUUGUUUUUGUUAUAUAAAACGUACAGAAUACAUAGA